UUGUUCAAGGUUUUUUCCGGCUGGACGGAAUUGAUCCUUUAUUGCAAAGGCAGAAAGGAGUUUGACUACAAGUCCCGAUAUCAAAUGAAGAGGCAAAGAGGUAGUAAGAUGAUCGGUAAUAAUUAUGAGGAGAAGAAAAAGGCCAAACGGGUUGUUGAGAAACAGUGUGAAGAGGUGAAAAAAGAGGAAGAACAAAGAGAAAAUAAUGGUGGAGGAAAUGUUGUGAAGGAAGUGGAGUUAAUGGCUGAUCAGUGUGAUAAUAAUAAUUGGAUUAAUGAAUGGCUAUGUUCAUGGAAUAUGGGGGAUGAGCAAAUGUCAUGGGGAACAUGUUGGUCACCUGUUUGGGACAUGGAGUUUAUGGGAGAAGCUUAUAAGAACUUGUACAAUGAUGUUUUGUGGGAUGAUGAUAUUUGGGAUUUGAAAGCCAUCAAGGAAGUUCCAAGUUCUUAGAUAGAAAAACUUGAAGAAACAACUAGAGAGAACAUCAAUGCUA